GGAACGUUGGUUCCGCUUUCGUGUUUCCAGCCGGACAUACUAGAGAGAACGAACUAGAGUGCAAUGUAGUUUCACGGUUUUUAUGCCGCGUAUUAUUAUUAAUAAUAAAACUAUUAUUAAGUGAAGGGAGAAGCGGUCGGGACCUUAGUAUGGAUCCGGCCCACAGAGCCCUGCUCCAGAAACACAGAGUGGCUCUUGCCACUGAGCUCCUGGUAUCUGACCACAUAGUUCCUUACCUGUACCAGGAGCAGAUCCUUACGGAUUCUCAGGUGGAGGACAUUGAGUCCCAGUCCACGAAUAAACGGAAGGUCUUCAGACUCCUGGACCUGCUCCCGAACCGCGGCCCCCUGGCCUUCAGCUGCUUCCUGCGGUCUCUGGACGACUUCAGCUGGGUCAGAGAACGUCUGCUCCAGGAACUAGAGACCGAACCUGGACCACCUGGACCUGCAUUGACGGGUGUCCCCAGCCUUCCUGAUGUCAUCCUCCAAAAGGUUCCUUCUGAUCGAGAGUUGUCCCGAGUGGCGGCUCGGCUCGGCUCUUCGUGGGAGUUGGUUCUGUUAGACUUGGGUUUGUCCUCUGAAGACCUGUUCCGCUGUCAAUCUGAUUAUGUCCACAACUCUCAGGGAGCGGCGUUGGACGGCCUGAUCCAGUGGAGACGACGUGGAGGAAAGAAAGCCACAUUUAAGCGGCUGCUGGAGUCCUUGCAGGCAGCCGAUGUGCACCCAUCUGUCCUGCAGGAUGCACUGACGUGACGAAGGCACAGGGGCCUUUAUUUAGAAAAAAAUAAAACUGACUUUAUUGUCAUCUUGUUUAUACAAUGAAAUGAUAAAUAUUUAUUUUACAUCAGAACUUUUUAUAUUUGUACUUAUUAGUAUUUUUUAUUUUUUUUGCAUUCUUUGGUCACAUUUACUAGUUGUUAUUUUACUUUACCUUUUAGCUAACAGUGAGCCAAAAGUGAGCUAAGCAAUCAUUCUCGCCUUACUUACAUUUAGCUUUGUCUAACAAACAUUUUCUUUACGUUUUCUAUUCUUAUGCCAUGGUUUUAGCUACCGUAAAUGUUUUAUUAUACAUUACAUAUAUUUUACUUUUAGUUCUCACAAAGAUAACGCAAAAAGAUCUGCUUUUUCAUUGAAAAUUUUAGUGCAUGUGCUAUUUAGGUAUUCAUUAGCUAAGUUAGCUUAAUGUAGCUAAGUGGGUUUUUUAUUAAUGUAUUUCUGAGGCUAACUUUCUGACACUACUUACCGCUUUAUUUUUAUUUUUUUAUGUUACUCUUCUGUGUUUACGAUAACAACAAAGGAAACAUUUUACUUUAACAACUGAAACAGUAAAUCACUGAAGGCAUGUUUAAACAGUUGACUGUGGUGUAGUGACUGAGGGAAGCAGGUCAAAGAUUCAACUCUGCUACCACAUCACUGUGUCCUUCAUAAACACAGAGUCACGUCACCACAAUGUGCUUCUUUGUGUGUUACUCGGUGUGUGUGUGUGUGUUUGCGUUUCUC